AUGAUUAUACCCGUUCGCUGUUUUACUUGUGGAAAAUUAAUUGGAAAUUUGUGGAGCUUAUACGAGAAGAAGUUAGAAGAGGGAAUGUCAAAAUGUGAUGCAUUGGAUGAAUUGAAAUUAUCAAGAUAUUGUUGUAGGAGAAUGAUAUUAACACAUGCAGAUAUGAUGGACAAAUUGUUAUGCUAUAAUAUGUACGAACGAAAAUUGUAA